AUGGGAAAUCUCAGAAUCAUAAUCUGGAUUUACGUCAUCCAUUUCUGUUCUCUUCACUUUCAUGUUAAUUGUGUCAGACCCACAUACCAAUUCACCACCAAACUUUCAUUCAUCGGAGCAAAUGCCUCCGGCGCCGAGGCUCUGGCUUUUGAUUACUCCGGCGGCUGCCCGUUCGCCGGAGUUGCAGAUGGCAGGAUACUCAAAUACAACUGUCCCAGUCUUGGUUUCCAAGACUUCGCCACAACUUCUCCUUUCAGAACCAAGGAGGAAUGCGACGGGAAACCUGCACCAAAGUGUGGAAGAGUAGCAGGUCUUGGUAUUGAUUAUUCGAGCGGUGGUAACCUUUACACUCUUGAUGUCUUUUUCGGGUUCUUCGUCGUCCCGCCUUCAGGCGGAGCAGCAAUUCCGGUGGCAACAGGCUACAAUGGCACCAAUUUCUCACUCCCCAACGCAUUAGACAUCGAUCAAGCUUCCCAAUACUUCACUGAUGCUGAGAAAUUAUUCCUCACUGGGAACCACACAGCAAUCUUCGCCAGUAAUGACACGGAAGGGAAAGUUUAUAAAUACGACAUCAAAACUGAAGAGCUAACGUUGUUGGUUGACGGGCUAACUGGACCAGCUGGGCUUGCAGUGAGUGAAGAUGGUGAUUACCUGCUAAUUGCAGAGUUCAUGAAGAAGAGGAUUCAAAAAUUUUGGCUGACGGGUAAAAGGGCAAAUAGUUUGGAGACAUUGAUUACACUUCCGGGAGCCCCAGAUAACAUUAAGAACUGCAAGCGAAGAUUUUUGGGUGGCGUAAGGGUGUCGAAGCCGGAGACGGUGGAGAUAGUGGAGGCGAUUGGGAUGAUGUUCAAUGGUGUUGGAAGGAUUCUGGAGACGCUGAAUUUCACAUCGGAAUACAAUGGCAGAAUGGUUGAGGAAGUGCAGGAAUUUUCUAGCAAACUGUAUCUUGCAGCCGCUUCCUCAAACUUUGUUGGUGUUGAUAGAGAUGACUUCAAUCAUUUGAGACUUUGA